AGGGAAUCGCAAUUAAAUUUAUUUAAUGCUCAGUAACCAUGUAUAAAAAAGCCAAAUUUCUCUUCACCGCUUAAAUACUUAACGACAAUGCCGCUUCCACUGCCUGAAGAUAGGUCACCUUACGCCAAUUUCAUUCGGGGUCCGAACGAGUGUCAUAAUGGCGAAGAACCUCCUUACAUAUCAAUGAAUAUGGUUGAUCGCAAUGGAUGUGUUCUAUGCGAAACAGAUCAGUUUGAUCUCCUUCUCGCAAUCAUAUAUCGGGAUGAUGUGACGACCCUCGAGCGGUAUCUCGACAUUGCGCCCUGGGCUACUGAGGAAAACGAGGAGCUUCCUCGCUAUCACUCCUUCUUCUACACUGCUGUCUCCAACGGCAGCCUUGGUGCUCUUAAGACCCUUCUUUUAUAUCGUGAAAAGACUAGGGGACUGUACCAAAGAAUCACUUUUCGAGAACGCGGAUUCACGCUUCUCAAUGAAGCUGCAAGACGGGGCUACCUGGAGAUAGUAGACUUUUUACUCAACAACCAUUCACUUUACGCUGAUCUUCAUGAGCGAGAUUAUGCUGGCUGCACUGCUAUUGCUGCGGCCUCAGAUCUGUAUUCAACGAGAUACGUCGAGGCGUUCAAUUGGCAACCUUCUGUCGACAAGAGCGAAGCUGUGAUGAACUUGUUGCUGGACUGGGGUGCCUGUCCGACAGACGUGGUCUUACGGGCUCAUCAAGACUCAUCAUGGAAACCGGAAACGGUUCUAUCAAUGACAUCUGAGUGGGCAGGCGCUGAGAUGAUCGAGAGGCUCAUUGGCAGUGGUGCAGAUGUCCAUGCCCAGUUCACGAAAGACUCGGUUCAACUACGACUGUACGACGAGCAAGACCACAUCAUCUACAACGUCACUGCAAUUCACAUGGCCGCGUUUCGUGGUAAUUUCGUUGCCCUUGAGACUCUAGUCGCUCAUCAUGGAGACGCAAUGAGUACGCUGGAAAUGGUAUCCUAUUGUGACAGUCGAGGGGCGACGCCUCUUCACUGGGCUACACGGAAUAACCUGUAUAAUCCCAAUUUACACGAAACAGCACACAAUGUUAGAAGAACGAUCGAUCUCAUAUUGAAGAAAAUCCGUGCGGUGGUCAAUAUGAAGGAUAUUGAAGGUAACACGGCCUUGCACUAUGCUGCUUCCUACUUGGGUGGAAAUGGAGAAGUUUUUGUACCAGUUUUUGAGACCCUUUGCGACAAAGGCGCAGAUGCAAGUAUACGCAACAAUCAGGGAGAGACACCGCUACAUAAUAUGCUCGCCACCGCAGAUGGGACAAUCAGCGAGCAGAUCAUAUCUCUCCUGCUUGCCCAUGGCGCAAAGAUCAACGAUAUCAACAAUGCUGGAAAUACCCCUCUACACAUUGCAGCUCGAAGACUGGAUGAUCAUGACAUGAUAGCUUUUCUUGUUAAACAGGGCGCUGAUACUACUAUUGGCAACUCGAACAAUGAUACACCUGCCCAUAUUGCCGCUUCUGGCCAUGUAUCUAUCCUGGGUCUGGCGGAGAAAGUCGAAAUACAGGAUGGGGUUCUUGCAACUCUAACAAACGCUGGAGCAGAUGGGCUAAUGGGCCUGGCCAAUGCAGAGGGGAAGACACCAAGGCAAAUUUGCAAAGCGCAGAGGGACAAGUGGGGGGAAGCUGAGGAUAGGAAGCGCGUGAUAAAUAUGCGCCGUGGACGAAACUUGGCAAUUGCCGCCCCUUGCCCAGUUAGCGAAUGUCGAAUGAUCUCACAAAUGGAACUUGGAAUAUUACGCUCUAUUUGUGAAACAUUGUCGGUGAGUAGUGGAGCAAAAAUACUGAGUAGAUAAGAGUCAAGUUAGCCUUUUCAAGUCUCCGACUGUAUCUACUGUGGAUUGAAACACGAUAUUUAUUCCAUUGUGAUUGUAAUAGACUCUUUCGCUCA